GCGGCGGGCUCCGAGCCGCGCCCCGGAGUCCCCGAAACUUCCAAGCAGGCGCCGGUCCGUGCCCCCGCCGCCGCUGCCCCUGCCGGCCUGAGAGCGGGACCAUGGAUGAAAGGUUCAACAAGUGGCUGCUGACGCCGGUGCUCACUCUCCUCUUCGUGGUCAUCAUGUACCAGUACGUGUCCCCCUCCUGCUCCAGCUCCUGCAGCAACUUCGGGGAGCAGCCCCGCGCCGGGGACGCUCGCCCGCCCGCCGCCCCAAGUCCAGCUCGCCGGGCACAGGGACCCCCCGAAGACUGGGAACGGCGACCCCAGUUGCCCCCGCCUCCCCGAGGGCCGCCGGAGGGAUUUCGGGGAGCCGCGGCUCCGGAGGACGAGGAUGAGGAGCCAGGGGACCCAGAAGAAGAGGUAGAGGAGGAAGAAGAGGAGGAGGAAGAGGAGGACGAUCAGGACCCUGAGGCCCCCGAAAACGGCUCCCUGCCCAGGUUCACGCCACGCUUCAAGUUCACCCUGCAGGACCUCACCCGGCUUGUGGAUUUCAAUAUCAAAGGGCGCGACGUGAUAGUGUUCCUGCACAUCCAGAAGACCGGGGGCACGACGUUCGGCCGGCACCUGGUGAAGAACAUCCGGCUGGAGCAGCCGUGCAGCUGCAAGGCCGGCCAGAAGAAGUGCACCUGUCACCGACCGGGCAAGAAGGAGACCUGGCUCUUCUCCCGCUUCUCCACCGGCUGGAGCUGCGGGCUGCACGCCGACUGGACCGAGCUCACCAACUGCGUGCCGGCCAUCAUGGAGAAGAAGGACUGUCCCCGCAACCACAGCCACGCCAGGAAUUUCUAUUACAUCACAAUGUUGCGGGAUCCAGUGUCAAGGUACCUGAGCGAGUGGAAACAUGUCCAGCGAGGGGCCACGUGGAAAACCUCUCUCCACAUGUGUGAUGGAAGAAGCCCCACCCCUGAUGAGCUGCCCACCUGCUACCCUGGGGAUGACUGGUCUGGGGUCAGCCUGCGGGAAUUUAUGGACUGCAGCUACAACCUGGCCAACAACCGCCAGGUGCGCAUGCUGGCUGACCUCAGCCUGGUGGGCUGCUACAACUUGACUUUCAUGAACGAGAGUGAGAGAAACACCAUCCUGUUGCAGAGUGCAAAGAACAACCUAAAGAACAUGGCCUUCUUCGGGCUCACCGAAUUCCAGAGGAAGACACAGUUUCUCUUUGAAAGGACAUUCAACCUCAAGUUCAUCUCCCCCUUCACUCAAUUCAAUAUCACGCGGGCUUCAAACGUGGAGAUCAAUGAGGGCGCCCGCCAGCGCAUCGAGGAGCUGAAUUUCCUGGAUGUGCAGCUCUAUGAGUACGCAAAAGAUCUCUUCCAGCAACGCUACCACCACACCAAGAGGCUGGGGCACCAGAGGGACCGCCAAAAGCGAAGGGAGGAGCGGAGGCUGCAGCGGGAACACAGGGCCCACCGGUGGCCCAAAGAAGGUGGAGCCUCAGAGGGAGCUGUCACCGAGGACUACAACAGCCAGGUGGUGAGAUGGUGACCCCCACCCACUCCUCUCUCUGGAGGCGGAGAUGAGCAAGAUGUGCGCUGAUCUAGUUGUGUAACCAUGGAGCAGCGGGGUCAUUCUGAGGACCUCUGGCUGGCUGUAGCUUGAUGCGGACAUGGACUUCCUCUCUGUCUUUAUUUUUACCCUGUUGGAGAUUCUCCAUCUUGGUCUUUUAUUUCCUUGACAUUUAAGUAGCGUAGGAAUGCAUCUGGUGUAGACCGCUUUAGAAAGUCAAGGACAACAGCAGUAAACGCAGUCUCACUUCUGAUGAGUGUGUGGGUGCCAAGCCCGGGGGUGCCACAAGGGAAAAGCCAAAUGACUGCCUUGGAUGCUGUGCUGCAACUGUUUUGUACUGGCAUGGAAAUACCGGUCCAUUCAAAGAGAGAGAAAGAAAGACCCUUGUGCCCUUAGAUGAGGUUGGACACCAACCCUUCCAGGGCUGCCAGUCCUCAUCUUUGAACUUUGAACUUUGUUUGAAUAUGGUUUAUAUCAUAAGUAACGGGUUUUGUUGCUGCAGUUGAUUUUAAACACAACCACUGUACUACUGAUCAUCUCUAGAGAUCCACAUCCUAAAAUCCAUGGCAGCAGAACUGUUUGCCUUGCUCCUUCUUCUUGGUCAGAACAUAGGAGAUGACGUGGUAGAGCAGGGGUUGUGGUCCCUGAGAAAUACUCAUUAUGGGGCAUUUAGGAGAGCUUAUUUACACACAUGUGAGCAGAUCACAUCUAACCACUUUCAUUGUCAGUGUGAGAAAAGAAUGAACAAUUAAAAGCAGAAAUAAUCAGGAGAAAUACCAUGUGUCUAAGGCCUCCAGGACAACUAUAGGACUUUCCUCUGUAAAAUACUAUUUCACAGUACCUUGUGUAGGGCAGUCAUUUCUCUUAUGUGGCACUGCCAGGCCUGGAAUUCCACCAUCACAAAGCAAAUGCUGUUUAAAAGGAACUUGACCUAAAAAACAGGAGCAUAACUAGAAUGUACACCAGACAUAGUUAAGGGUACUAAAUGGAUAAUAACUCGCUUUGUGGCCAAACCACAUGGACCCAUUCAUGGGACAGUUGUCCCAUGGCAUCAGACAGAGCAACAUUCCAGCACUGUCAGUGUCUGCAGUCUGGUAGCUUCUUUUCUCCCACGUGAUCUUUACCUGAUCUUACACUGUGGCUGCAGACAGUGAAUCAGGUACAGUACAUUAAACUGGACCCCCAAAAUGUAGUAUGUUGCCAAGUGCCCCAAUUUCUGCCUUCCCCCAGUCACAACUAAAAUAAUGAAAAGUUCAUGAAUAAUAGGGGGUGAAGCACGGAGGAAGGAGCUGAAAGCUUUUAGCUCACAUCAAGAAGAAUGAUCAGAGCGGGUAGAAAAUUUCACAACAAAUUGAUAUGAUCAAUUCCUUCAAGGAGCUGAAGGCAAAAUGAGUGAAAACCCUAAAUCAGAUUGAAAAUCCUAUUCCAUUGAUGUCCGACAUGUUUGAUGUUUAAGCCAGCUUUACAUAAGCCACUUCUCAGCCUCCAGAAUACUCUCUCUGGGGUUGAGAGUUAAUCAACCCACAAGCAUUUGAGGAGCUCUACCUGCGAGAGGGGAGCCCAGCUUGCCCAUCAAAUACAGAUCUGGAGAUGCACCUUGGAACCUCUCUCACUGCCCUUGGCUAUUCCUGUGGCAAAAGGGAAGACAUGCUUGGGGGCUCCCUUCUGUCACAAACUGAAGGAGGCCUUUCUCAUACCUGCAACCCCCAGCAGCUUUUGUUAGUCUCAUUUCAUACAACAAUAGUGCAGCCCACAGACAGUGAGUCAUUUCCUCCUGGAUUGUAAGGAAGGCUUGCUGUCAGCCAGGCCUGCUUCGCCCCUACUAUGUGAUCUGUGUGGGACACGGGCUCCUGCUGCAUCAGGGUCCUUGCCAAUCAUGCAAGGCAUCAGCUGUUAUUGCCGCAGAGUAGUUGUCUCUGGCCUACGUAGGUGGUGCAAACUAGCAGCAAGAGAGCACCAAACUGGAAGUGAACCAACUGUGCUGUCCUUGGGGAAGUCCCCUCCACAUUGUUGAGCUGUAUUCGAUACCUUUUCAGGCAGCUGUGCUUUUGUACCUGUACACAAGAGUGAGUACAUUUAAAGGGCCAGCAACACAUCACUCAUUAAUUGGUAGAGAUGAGGGCUCAGGAGAUGUCUGAGUCGACCUCCCCGGCAGGAAGGCAGGAACACAGCAGCAGGGAUUAAUGAGCAGCUCUCUCCAUCUUCUCAUUCCCUUCUUGUGAUCUAAUGCUCUGGCUAGGACAGAAAGCCUGAGAAUUAUCCUUCUGCCUGUCACUGUGUUGCACACAUGCACACACACACACACACACACA